AUGAACCUCGUCUUCCGGCUGUAUACUCCGCACAACACGGGAGCAAUCACAUCCACAAUCUAUUUUAGUGGAGAGACGGGUGAUCGUCGCUUUCUAGUCUCGAGAUCAGCGGACUCCAACUGGGCGGUUAAGGAAGCAGAACUCGAGCGAAUCGUUGCAGUCCAAUCAACACCAUUCACGAUGGCCGAUAGAGCCCCAUUUUACCCGGGCUUUUACGCAUCAGGGCCGCCAACUCAUAAUGAGGCUUGA